AUGACUACAAUUACAGCAGUUGCACUUACAGCUGUGAUAGGAUACAUUGGCGCGGAGGUGGCCGAAGAAUGUCUGUUGGAACGGUUGCUCUGGCCUCAGAGAUUCAACAAUGACAUGAAUGUCUGGAUUUUCCUGCAGCAGAGUUUCUUUGGGACAAUUGGUGGACCACUUCAUAAAGCUGCUCUUAAGACUCUUGACAAUCUAAGAGCGAAGGGCGUGUACACUGGGCCAUGUCGUGGACAUAUGCUUGGGACUAUGUUUUUCUCCGAGCUCAAAAUUAUGCACUUCCAACGAUGCAAACAGGAGCGAAUGCUUAUACCGGAAAAAUCACGGAAUGGCUUCUGGAUCCGGGUUUUGCACAACGUCGAUACUGACAAACAUGUGAGCUUCAAAGUACCAAAGCAGGAUAGCGAAUCGAACCAACCUAGCAACACUCACCGAUCACUGCAGCCAGUCUAUCAUUUGAAACUCGGUAUUCCCGCCGACGAUCAGGAGCCAGGUCACAAGGAUGUCUGUGUAAAAGAAGACUGCGUAACCUGGGCUGUUAUCUCCAAUGCCAUCCUCAGCGAGUUUGUUUCAAUAUUGGCAUCCUUGGUUGCUGGGCUGAAACUUAAAAAUUUGCUAUUCUGUCUUUAUAUUCUUCUGCCUUUACUGUUGAGAUUACUUCUGAUCGUCUUCGCAGUCCGUCGAGGAGGUCUAAUGUCAAAGCAAGAUUUAUUAAAGGUAGCCGAGAACGAGAACACCAAAUUGUCCAAGGCAGAAGCCUUUGAGGUGGCUGAUCCAAAUUACAAAUUUAUGGUCAUUGAGGGGCCACAGCCCGUGAUAGUCCAAUUCUUCAGGCAUUAUGGCCACCCGAUGCGGGACCGGAAUUCGCUUUGGGCCGGUGAUCGCGUGAGAGAAGUAGCAUGCAUAAUAGUUGUCUGCUGCUUGUUUCUCUAUUUCCCAGUUGGGCUUCUUCUAGCGCAAUGGUCAGAUGAAGAUGCCCAGCAUCUGUGGCUCGGCUAUCAACUAUACGCUAUCUUCGCUAUGCACAUAGUUCGGAUUUUUGGAUGGCAAGACCUAGGAAGAACCGAGAAACGGAUAGCAAGAUUACUUAGUAACGGAACGACUAUUUGGUUUAAGACCAAAUCCGGGUGCGCUGUAUCUGCGUCCCUGGUCCUAUACGCUGUCAACAAAAAUGCGGACGGCAAACGCAAAGUGCAAGAGCUCAUCGAUCAAUGCAAAAAGCAAUUGGCAGAAGGAACGCAGCUACCAGAAGGAGAGCAGCUGGCGGCAGGAGAGCAGCUGGCGGCAGGAGAGCAGAUGGCGGCAGGAGAGCAGCUGGUAGAAGAAGAACAGCCGUCGGAAGAAGAGCAACUGUCAAAUUGA